AUGAUCAUCUUAAUUGAUGUUAUUAAUAAAAAGGUUGUCGAUACUAUUUGGUGCAUUAGUCUGAAAUUAGUCUAGCUAGAAAAUAGCUAAUUAUAUUGCUUAGUUUCACUUAAGAAUUUUGCAAUUAUGAUUAAGAAGAUACUAGUGGAGGGUUAAACCGAAGUGCUUUAAGAAGAGAAGAUAUUUUAAACUAAUUCUCUUGUGGUUUAAUUCGAGCAAUCAAAAGACUUAAUAUAUGCAUUAACUGAAAAUGGAACUUUAUACAGAGCUCAAAUUUAGUCAAUGGAAUUCUAGGAGAUUUACAGAAUAUAAUAAGCUGAUAAUAAUCAAAUAUAAUACUUGAACUUUUAGAUUUAGGAAUAGAAUAUCUUCUAUUUCGGUACAAAUAUAGGGAUUGUUUAUUAACUAGAUCUGGCUAAAAAUUACUUCGAUAAAGUUUACUUGGGAGAUUCUAAAAUCUCGGACAUUAAUAUUAGCUAAUAACCCCUAAAAGUACCUUUCUUAGAUGAGGAUGUUGAUAAGCUGACUUAACCUAAAGAUAUGUAAAAUACUAUAAGAGCUUUUAGGCUAAAAUCUCUGAGAAUCGAAUUCUAACCAUAGGAUAUGAUCGAAUCAUUUCAAUAUUUGAGAUGCAGCUUAAUGGCAGGUUCAGCGAAAAUAUCUGCAAUAUUUAUACCAUAUAAUAAGAGUGUACAGAAACUAUUAGGCUGGAAGUUAAAUACAGGACUGGAAAACAUUGAAACAUUUGAGGUUUAAGAUUAUACAAGCAAGAAUGUAUUUAGAGGAAGAGAAAUCACUAGCUUUGCUCUCUCACAAGGAUUUUAAGGAGGCUUAUGCGCUAUAGUGUUUGAACAUAACUAAUUGAUUUUAUACCACACUGCUUCAAAAGAAGUUGUUAAGAAAAUAUGUUUACCAGGUAAAAGUUCUAUUGUAAGUCUUGUAUUCAUUGAUAAUUAUUAACAAAUAAGAGGAUAAUCUUUGAAGCAUUUGAAUAAAGAAAUUCAGAUGAUCCUUGAGAUGCAAGAGAAAGCACCAAUAUUAAUCAUUAUUACUGAUUCAGGCUGUCUUUAUUUAGCUAAUGUUAUUGAUGAUAAGAAAACUUUAGUAUUAUAGUUGGAAAUAAUUUCUAAAUCCUACGAUUUGCAUAUUCCAAAUUAAGUUUUAUUGUCUAAGGAAAUCAAAUAGAAUAUUGAUGUCACAGAGAUUAACAAUUAGAUUGUUGAAGAUGGAGAAUUACCGGAUGAUUAUGAGUAGAAUAAUAAUCAAACAGAAAGUGCUAGUCAUUUUUAAAAAAAUUAAAAGUAUUUGCUAUUGAAAGAAAGUGAAUAGAUAUUUUAUGUUAUUGAUAGGCAUUUAUUGAGGCAAUUUGUGAUUUCUCAGAAUCAUUAAACUUAUAUAAAUCUUUAAAAAGCGCUAGAGGGUAUCUAAUAAGACAACUCAAGGAAAGUUGUUACAACUUAGUGGGUUUAUCAUGAUAGCAAUGCAUUUAUUACAAGUUCAGAUGACAAAUAAUUAAUGGUAUGGAAUCUAAAUGAAGUAAUUCAAGGAUGCAGUACUAAGAUUAUUUAAAAUAAUUAAAGCAUUCAACAAAACUAAAAAGUAAAAGACAACCAUUAAAGUAGUAACUUACAAAAUAAAAGAAAGUAAAAAACGAAUGAAAAGUUGCAAUAAGCAAAUAAAAGACAUCUAAAUGACUAGAACAACGGAUAAUAGCAUUCAAAUCUAUUAUAAUUAGAAUAAAAGAAAGAAUUCACCUUAUUCAGUGUAAUUUAAGGAAGAGUCAUUUACUAACAGAAGAAAGAUGUCACUCAGUAAAUCACUGAUUUGCUAAAGGAUGGGCUUAUACAAUUAGAUGGAAAUAUCUUUGAACAGUAUGUAGAUUUUAGAUUAUUUAGAUUUGAUGAGCAAAAGAAUGUAAAUGAUGCUUAGUAUAUCAUAGAGUAAGAACUUUAGAGUUGCUUAUAUAUUUAGCGCUUUGAGUUUUUCUAAAAAUUGGUUAUGCUUAAGGCUUGGCUUUAUUUAUUCCACAAUGAGGAUGAAAUACGUUAGAUUAGAUAUGAGGAACUUAAGAAAUCUUUUUAUGAAAAUUAUUACAAGUUAUAAGGAGAUUAGAAGGAUUGCAAUUUUAACAUGGCUUUUGAGUUAUUUAUAAAAGAAAUUUAGAAAUAAGAUGCUCUAGAUUUUAAGUCAAUAAAGUACAAUUGCCAAAAUUUUCAUUUACUUAGAUUGAUACAAAUAAUAGAGGAUCAAUGUUUACCCGUAGCAAUAAAAGCAUUUAAAGAAAAAGGCUUAUUAAUAGAGUGCUUAGUAAUAGCCAAAUUGCUAAAUAAUCGGGAAGCAUUUAAAUUGUCUUUAGAAUAUCUCAAGGAAUAGUAAAAGGAAAGACCUGCUCAGGUCUUAAAAAUAGAAGCUGCCCUUAAUUUAUUGAAUUAAUAACUGAUUUAAGAACCUCAGUUACAGCAUCAAAUGAUCUGA